ACGUCACGCGCAGCGCGUCCCGCCGGUGAGCGGCGGCCGCAGCCUGAGGGGUUUCCCACCCUUUCUGCUGCUCGCGGUGCCACAGCGGCGGCCCCCAUGUCUUUCCUUGUAAGUAAACCCGAGCGCAUACGGCGGUGGGUGUCUGAGAAGUUCAUUGUUGAGGGUUUAAGAGAGUUUGAGCUGUUUGGAGAGCAGCCUCCGGGUGACUCUCGGAGAAAAACCAAUGAGGCGAGCUCCGAGUCGAUAGCUCCUUCCCCUAAAAGGGACACCAUGAGCAACUUCCUGCCAGACAGCAGCUGCUACGAGUUGCUCACUAUCAUAGGCAGAGGCUUUGAAGACCUGAUGGUUGUGAACCUGGCCAGGUACAAACCCACCGGAGAGUACGUCACCGUCAGGAGGGUGAACCUGGAGGCCUGCACCAACGAGAUGGUCACGUUCCUGCAGGGGGAACUUCACGUUUCCAAGCUCUUCAACCACCCGAACAUCGUGCCAUACAAAGCAACUUUCAUAGCUGACAACGAGCUGUGGGUUGUGACAUCUUUCAUGGCCUAUGGCUCUGCAAAGGAUUUAAUCUGUACCCAUUUUAUGGAUGGGAUGAGUGAACUGGCCAUUGCAUAUAUCCUCCAAGGUGUACUGAAAGCACUUGACUACAUCCACCACAUGGGCUAUGUACACAGGAGUGUUAAAGCCAGCCACAUCCUGAUCUCUGUGGAUGGGAAGGUGUACCUGUCUGGCCUGAGGAGUAACCUGAGUAUGAUCAACCACGGGCAGCGACUCAAAGUCGUUCAUGACUUCCCCAAAUACAGCAUCAAAGUGCUGCCUUGGCUCAGCCCUGAGGUCUUGCAGCAGAACCUCCAGGGUUACGAUGCAAAAUCCGACAUUUACAGCGUGGGGAUAACGGCCUGUGAGCUGGCAAACGGCCACGUCCCGUUCAAAGACAUGCCUUCCACUCAGAUGCUCUUGGAAAAGCUGAACGGAACCGUCCCCUGCCUGCUGGACACCACCACAAUCCCUGCUGAUGAGUUGACUAUGAAGACCUCCCGUUCCAGCGCUAAUUACGGGAUGGGCGAGAGCACGGCCGUGGGCAACGCGCGAGCGGCCAACGGGGAGCCGGCCCUGCACCCCUAUCUGCGCACCUUCUCCACCUACUUCCAUAACUUUGUGGAGCAGUGCCUGCAGAGGAACCCCGACUUCAGGCCAAGCGCAGGCACCCUGCUCAGUCACCCCUUCUUCAAGCAGAUCAAGCGCCGCGCGUCCGAAGCACUCCCCGAACUCCUGCGCCCCGUCACCCCCAUCACCAACCUGGAAGGGACACAGCCCCAGGAUCCCAGUGGCAUCUUUGGGUUGGUGUCAAAUCUGGAGCAGCUGGAUGUGGAUGACUGGGAGUUCUAGAAGAACAGGGACGACACUCGAGUUCUGGAGGAGCUCUCUGGGCACUGUUAUUUAUUGGUCCUGCUCAUAAAAGCUGAGGAAUGUUACACACAGGAGUUUACAGGUCCUUGGGAAGGAACUUCAUCUGCCUGUUUACUUGAGAAGUAGCCUGGAAACAUGGACAGACCUGAGCUGGGAAAGCAUCAACCCAGGGAACUGUGGAGUAUUCCAGAUGGUGCAGUGCCCAGAGCCCCCAGCCUUGUGGCUGAGCACCGGUAGAUCACUUGAGGGGGUUGAGUUUGUGUAGUCUCUAUUUAUGUGUUUCUAAAAAUCACUGGCUUCCUCUUAUCACAGCUGAGGCUGCAUGUCCCUACCCUCUGUGGUUCUUUCUCUUUCAAGGGUGCCUUAGAGUUGAGGGGAGGUGGGCAGCUCUUAGUUUUGGGCAUUCUCUUAGAACUAGUCAGAUUCCUGUUGCCACAGGACAAGUUUUGAUGGGGACACAAAGGGAUUAUGUUCUUAAGUUACUGCUUUGUGAUGGAAAAUGGGAGAUCAAAGCCAAGCCGGUGCCAUUCCAGGCACUCUUGCUGCACUGGGCAUUCCUCUGCAGCACUGAGCUGUGCCAGUUCUGGACAGGGCUUUUGAAGACCCCUCUCUCAAUGGUGAGCACUCUGAACUCCAGGUCAGACAGGACCUUCCAGCCUCCCCUCCCAGCUGCCCAUGUCACCAGAGCAGUGGAUGCCUGGACCACGAACCAGCCGUUUUAUCCCCAGCCAGUUGAACCUCAUGCUAUCUGGGCUGGUUUCACAGCACACAGCCCUCUUACCAGCUUGUUCUCAGUGAUUUACCCUGGCAGAGAGGAAAAGUAAGUUGAUUUUCCUGCUAAAUCCUCUUGCUGAUGACUCCUGUACAGCACUGAACUUCACCCUUCCCUUACCACUGCUCUUCUGCCUUCCCUGACUGACUGACAGGUCAGAGCUGCUCACGUGGCUCCCUGUGAUUCCUGCCUGUGUGACUCUGCCCUUCCCCCAUCCCACAGCAUUUGGGGGGUGUUUUUUUUGGAGGUGUAUUUAAAGCUUUUAGUUUGACUUUUCCAAGGACCACCGGUGCUGGAGGUCGUCUGCUCUUCACUGCAGCACUGAGAAUCCCCGUGGAGGUGCCGUCGAUGGCAGGAGUGGUGCUGGCAACAGGUCCUCCUUGUGUUUAUAAACUGUACUUGAACCCAGAAAAAAGUUUGUUACUCUAGUUUUUUUGCCAAAAAACAAAUAAAACAUUUCUGAUGUUGUUUUGUUUUUUU